AUGUCCAACAACAACAUCAACAACAGUCACAACAGGAACAUCAACAACAGUAACAACAGGAACAUCAACAACAGUAACAACAGGAACAUCAACAACAGUAACAACAGUAACAUCAACAACAGUAACAACAGGAACAUCAACAACAGGAACAUCAACAACAGUAACAUCAACAACAGUAAUAACAACGACAACAACAUAUCAAUCACAACCCGGCAAUCAGAAGACAUAAUAGAUUUAGAAGAUUACUAUCGACGCAGAUCUAUCCGCUCCGAAAACAAAGAUGCCUUUGACAUUGACAACAUGGCUUGCUCAAAAUGUGGUUACAAAAGAACCAGUCUAUGGUGUAAUGACUGCGAAAGACGCUCCUUCAAAUUAUCCUUUUCUACCUGGACAAGCGGAAGCGAGCUCGUAGAUAAAUUUAUACAGGACAUUCAAAUAAAUGCACAAUCUUGCACACAGUAUAUCGAAUGGAUACCAUUCGAUCGGUUGACUAUAAUUAACUAUGUAGCAAGCGGUGGUUCGGCCCGGACGUUUCUAGCUAAUUGGAAAGAUGGGCCAAUGUGGAAAUUUGACAAGAAAACUGGAAAGAGAGUUAGAAGUGGGUCUAGAAACGUGAUUGUAAAACAGAUAAAGAAUGGUGUUGAACUUACAAGUGAAUAUUUGAACGAGUUAAAGUCUUACUUCAAGUGUGUGAGUUGGGACGAUCAUCUUCUUCACUACUUUGGUAUAACCAGAGAUCCAUCAACUAAAGAAUAUGCAGUGGUUGUAGAAUAUGCAAAACUUGGCAGUUUACGAGAUUACCUCUACAAAGACACUAACCUCACAUGGUCACGUAGACUAUCCAUACUUAAUGAAAUUGCACUAGGACUAUAUAACAUACACGCCAAAAAUGUAAUACAUGGCGAUAUUCACAGUGGCAACGUUCUCGUCUAUGAUAGCAAAAAAUCCCGCAAGGGUAAUGACGACGUCUACACAGUAAUAGCAGACCUCAGACUCAGUCGAUCAAUAUUACGCAGCUCUUUUUCGUUAGAUGAAGUAUACGGGAUUCUUCCCUACAUUGCACCAGAGAUACUCGUCGGCGGCGACCAAACCAUCUCAUCCGACAUUUACUCUUUCGGCCAUAUAAUGUACGUGCUCUCUACGGGUCGACAGCCGUUUGCUGACUAUCUUUACGAUAAAAAUCGGUUGGCGUUCAGUAUCUGUGGUGGGCUUCGUCCUAAUAUUCCGGCAGAUACGCCGGCAGAUUAUGCGAUAUUGAUGAGACAGUGUUGGGAUGCCGAGCCGAGUAGGCGGCCCGAUGCUUUUGACUUGGUGACUAGGAUUGGGACUAUCAGGAGGACGUUGCCAGCUGAUGAGGUUGCGAAAAGGUUGGUGAGGAAAGGGAGGACUAGCAGAGUUGAUGAGAUUGAUGAUGGUUGUAAGAGUAGUUGGGUGGAUGUGUCUACAUUGAGAGGGACAAUAACGCUGAGAGCAUCAAAUUCGUUAACGAAUAUUUAUGCUCUCAACGGUGGUUCAUUUGCCAGACAUUCAGAAUCAAGUGCAUCGCUGCGCAGUCAGUAUAGGCGUGCGACAAGAGCACCAAAUGGAAAUAAAUCAGUGACCAGUGACAUUAAUUCUCAAAAAUCCGAUUCCGUUACAAUAGAAACGCUUGUAGCUUCUCACGAGAAAAGUGAAUCAGAGGACACAACAGCAAUGACAUCGACUGCAGCCACCACGCCAACAAGACAACAAAUGGUAACUUUUCUUGAAGAUUCAAAGACUGAUAUCCGAAAAGACGAAACGCGUAUAAAAAGAAAAGAAGCGCGAACAAAUGUCAGCGUAUUAAGAUUAAUGAGACGAUAUAAGAACAAACUAUUGAAGGGACUAAGAACAAUAUUCAUAUGUGGAAAUAAGGAUCGAUUAUGA